AUGGAUCCUAAUGUCAAACUUGUUGCCGAAGAGGGAGAUGUUCUUGAUGAUCCAGAGCAAUAUAGAAGACUUGUUGGGAAGUUCAACUAUUUGACGUUCACCAGACCCGAUAUUGCUUUCCCAGUAAGUGUUGUGAGACAAUUUUUGCCAUCUCCUUGGACUCCUCAUUGGGAUGUUGUUAUACGAGUUUUGAGAUACCUCAAAAAGGCUCCAAGGCGUGGAUUAGUAUAUGCUAGUCAUGGACAUGGGAGAGUCGAAGGGUUCUCAGAUGUAGAUUGGGCUGGAUCACCUGUUGAUAGGAGAUCAACUACAGGUUAUUAUGUGUUUAUGGGAGGUAACCUUGUCUCCUGGAAGAGCAAGAAAUAG